UAGACACGCCUUCGUCUGAAAAUAACCCCCCCGACGAACUGAAACAGGAAACUUGUGCGUGUUUCACCUCCCCGAUGCACGGGUUUUACGCUCGAACAGGUCCCCAAACGAAAACCUUCGUCUCCCGUCGCGUUUUCUGUCGACACCCGACGACAGGAUAGGUGGGGGUGGAAACAAAAUAAUAAUAGACAGAUGACCUUUUACGACGAAAAGGAUCUGGAGGAAGAGCUCUCUCGAGUCAACUGCCCCGAUGAAGAUUUGGAGUUUAACUACUUAUUUGAAUAUGAGCCACCGUGCGCCAACUUUGUCGGGGGAUAUCAAGAUGAACCCAACCUCGCAUCUCACAAAGUUCUCGGUCCUGAAUCAGAGCAGGCUUUCCCCCUGCAUGAGACUUCUCCGUACAGGAUCAAAUCCUGCAGCCCCUCGUACGCAGAGCAAAACACAGAAGUUCUUUCAGGGUAUGAGAAUCCGGAGGCCAAAAUCUACCUGGACGGCGGCCGACCCGCGGGCUUGGCCCUGAGCCCCCGAAUUGAAAUCACCCCCUCCCGUGAGCUCUACAGCCAUGGCCCGGACUCCCUUCAGAACCAGCACCUGAACAUCAGCCCCAGGCCCACCCUGACCGUUCCUGGCCAUGACAAUCUUGCGUAUCGUGAGCCUCUCUGCCUGAGUCCGGCCAGCAGCAACUCCUCCACCAGCUGGCACUCGGAGAGCUACUCCCCCUGGGCGUCCCCCUGCGUGUCCCCCAGCAGCGGCCAGAACCCCGGAGACCUCUGCCCCCGCUUGCAAAACAUCCACACCGGCUCCCCGGGCACCUCCCCUCGGGCCAGUCUGGCCGAGGACAGCGGCCUGGUGCCCAGGUCGCCCUCCCCCAGGCCCGGCUCCCGCUCAACCUCCCCUCAGGGGAAACGCACCUACGAAAUGUACAGGAAUCCGGGUUUGGUCCCCGGGCGUCGCUCCCGCAGCCCCUCCCCACACAACGCCCAAGAGGACCCCAACACAGGAGCCCAUUAUACCCGCAACAGCCUGGCCGGCGACCUGAACGGCUUUGGCAGCGGUCAACCGGGCCAGGUGCCCACUAAAAUAGUCAAAACGUCCAACCAGGUUUACGCUCUGUACCCGGAGAACCACGCAGAGAGGAACUACCUAGUGUCCUGUGAUCAGGACAUAAAGGCCAAAGCUUCAGCAGAGCCUUUCUUUGUCAUCCCCCAAAUAUGGCCCAAGCCACUGGUUUCCAGUAUCUGCAGCAUCCCUUUGGCUUCGCUCCCUCCGCUGGAAUGGCCCAUUCCCAGUCGUACGGACCAGUACGAGCUCCACAUCGAGGUGCAGCCUAAACCGCAUCACAGAGCUCACUAUGAGACGGAGGGGAGCAGGGGGGCGGUCAAAGCCCCUACGGGAGGGCAUCCUGUUGUGCAGUUACAUGGCUAUAGAGGAAAGGAGCCUCUUGGCCUUCAGAUUUUCAUCGGUACAGCAGACGAGCGCAUUCUCAAGCCUCACGCCUUUUAUCAAGUUCACCGCAUCACCGGCAAGACCGUCACCACCAGCAGCUUUGAGAAGAUUGUCAAUGGCACUAAAGUCCUCGAGAUCCCACUAGAGCCAAAGAACAACAUGAAGGCAAUAAUCGACUGUGCCGGGAUCCUGAAGCUCAGGAAUGCUGACAUCGAGCUGAGAAAGGGCGAGACAGAUGUCGGUCGGAAAAACACCCGGGUCCGUCUUGUGUUCCGAGUGCACAUACCUCAGCCUGGAGGACAGCACGUCUCCCUCCAAGCAGCUUCACAUCCCAUCGAGUGUUCUCAACGCUCAGCUCAUGAGCUUCCCAUGGUGGAGAAGCAGGACAUGGACAGCUGCUCUGUUCUGGGCGGCCAGCAGAUGAUCCUCACCGGGCAGAACUUCAGCUCCGAUUCAAAAGUCAUCUUCCUUGAGAAAAACCUCGAAGGCCAGCAAAUCUGGGAGAUGGAAGCAACAGUGGACAAAGAUAAAAGCCAGCCGAGUAUGCUGUUUUUGGAGGUGCCGUCGUACCCGGAUACGUCCCUCUGCCAUUCCGUCAAAGUGAACUUUUACGUCGUCAACGGCAAGCGAAAGCGCAGUCAGCUCCAGCAUUUCACCUUCACGCCUUUAGCAUCGCCGUCCAUUAAGACCGAACCCAUAGAUGAGUAUGAAGCCGAUCGCAUGGGCUUUGCGAUGCCUCAGAUUUUGGGGUUAUCUCCUCAUUCCUAUACCCAUAACUUUCGCAACACCCUCCAUCCAGACAAUGGCCUGGUCUCUGGCAUGGCUUCCAGCCAUCGCCUCAGCUCCACCCUUCCCAACCAAGACGCGCGUUUCCCGCAUCAGGGCCCAGCUAUAGUCUAUUCCUGUGGGGGGAAGAGUCACGGCGGCGGUCCUGGUGUUUGGCAGACUGGAGGGAUGAUGCCCGAUCAUCACCGCUCCGUCCUGGUCCACACAGGAUCGCCAGCUCAGUCUUUAGGCUCCAUCAUCCAGUUUUCCCCUUCCAAUCACCACAUGCUCCGGGUCGGAGAACCCCAUACCCCGCAUCAGCCCGACGAUACCCAGCAGAUCGUCUACUGUGACGGAUACCCUCCGCAGGCCGCCGCUCACUCGCCCACACACCCCCAGGCUCAGCACUGUCCCACUGUGAUCCAGCAGCAGCAGCCCUAUGUCCAGAAGGAGCAGCAGAAAAGCCGGGCGCCGACUGGAAUUGGUCAGAUGGAGUCUCCGGGAGACGGGCAAAGACGAGUGACCGUCAAGGAGGAGAACCUGGACCAGGCCUACCUAGAUGAUGGUGAGUUGAAUGAGAUCAUAAGAAAGGAUCUUACGGGCACUCAGGUCAGAGGGCAGACAUAGGCGACAGACUGAAAGAGGAAAUGACAACAUACCCGCUUCCUGUCAGCAAUGUACAGGCCGACACGCACACGCAAUUUUCAAAGUUCCAUUGAGGUGACACGCUUCUACCAACAAUCAGUAUUUCUCUCUUAUUUUCUUUACCCAUCCGGAUAGACUCCUGGCUGCUGUGUUUGCUCUGAAUGUUUUCCUGCAAUAAAACAUGUUGUAAACAGAAUUAAUUUUACCCAUCCAAUCUGCCAUCAACACUCAGGUUUCCAAUAUGGAGGACAAAAGACAGGCAAGUGUGCCUUAGUUUGUCCUUUGUCUGUUCAAAUUCUGCCUCGGUUUUAUUCCUAAAAAGAGUGAAAAUAAAGGAAAUUAUCAAAUUAAGGUAGUUUUAUCAAGUUUGUUCAAACAGGAUAAAAAAACAGAUGUAGCAAUUUACCAAAGUACCAGUUUUACCAAAAGAUUUUACACCAAAAGAAAAGCCAGAUGUCAAAAUAUUUCUGGUGGCUUGACUUUUUAUUAAAUUGUUUUAUUAGUGUGUGCAUUGUAUGUACAUUUCUGUAUAGUUUACUAUAAAGCCUACUAACAUGCUGGUCAGGAUACUUUAAGUUUUCCAGGAAACGCAUUUUGCCUUAAACAUACAAGCUAUAGUGAUUUUGCCCGAUAUGCAUUGUUGGGAAGAUGGGAAGUAGGACGGGCGGGGUUCGUGUAGGAGGAAGGAGGUUUUUUUUCUUUAUACUUUUAUAGAAUAAUUGAAUAAGUAAUUCAAUUGUGAAUAAUUUAGAAAUGUAAUAUUUGUAUUUGGACAUAUUCUGAUGCCAAAGUUUCCGUGAUAGUGAUAGUACUAUGGAGACAAAGUGUUUAUUAAAGGAUUUUAAAAUCUUAAUUUUUGAACUUGUAGUGAAAAAAGAAAACACCCAUUUAACGUCUGGCUCAUGCAAAAAUUAGAAAUGUUUGCAAAAAUUUUAAACUAGGUUUAUUCUUGUUUAAUAAUUCUAAUUUGAUUUUUCGUGUGUUAGUGAUAUUGAUUACAUUAAAUUGGUGUUUUUGUUUUCCUGCAAUCUAAAAUGACAUGUCCAAAGCUUAAACUGCAGAAUUUCUAUAUGACAUGUAUACUUGCAUUUUGCACCUCUGCAUUGACAAUCAUUAUUCUAAAAGCAACUGUGCAUAACUACAAUGUUUACAGAGUAUAAAAAUCAUGGACAUUUUUCUGGAAUUUCCAUCAUAGUGUAAUUACAAAGUGAUAUUCUCUAAGGAUGGGUAACAAAUGAAUGAGAUACAUUUAAUACAUGUAUAGGGAAUUGAAGCCCAUAAAUGUGCCACUUUUGUCAUUUUGUUUUUAAAACAAGGAAAUAUGAAUGUGCUAAAACACUUCAAAGCAAAAUGUAAGACUGAAUUACAAUGUUUGAUAUUUGAAUUGGUCAUAUGUUAUAGAAAAGAUUAUUUUAUUAUGUGAUAGUAAAGCAAAUCUUGAUCAUUUAUGAUUUAUCUGAUUGAGCCAGUACCGCACCAAUGCAUUUUACAUUUAUUGAAUGUAAUCUAUGUUUCCCCCUUCUUGUAAAUGAUUUUUUUAUAAAGUUUGAGGAAUCUUGAAUAGAGGCAAAUAUUUUUUUUGUCAUAUAUAAUUGAUCUGUUCUUGUAUAGAAUAUUCAAUGUCAUAGGAAGAUUUGCAUCCUCUGUCCUUUUAUUCACAUGGUAACAUUUCUUUUGGUGUUCAUAAUUAUGAUACAUUUACCCAGACUAGUUUUUUUUUUGCCUAUACAAGAUACUAUCUCAUCUUUUCUAAUAACUACAGUAUAUAAUAAGUACUAUUGUAUUCUUUUUAUUCAUAGCUGCCUUGUAUAUGUAAGUUUCCCUUGGAAUCUUUGUGCCUCUAAAAAACUCUUUUCAGGCUAUUUUUGUAUCCCUAAAAGAAGCAAUAAACAAUAACCACAUAUAU